AUGUCCAUGGCAGGAAACCCCUGGGGCUGGUUCCUGGGCCACCUCCUCCUCAGUGUCACAGGAUCCCUCGCCUGGGGUGGAGGCGGCGACAUCAUAAACGGCGAGGACUGCCACCCGCACUCGCAGCCUUGGCAGGCGGCACUGUUCUUGGAAAAGGAAUUUUUCUGCGGGGGCGUCCUGGUGCAUCCUCAAUGGGUGCUGUCAGCCGCACACUGUUUCCAGAAUUCCUAUACCAUCAGGCUGGGUCUGCACAGUCUUGGGGACGACCAUGAACCAGGCGGUCAGAUGAUGGAGGCUCACCUCUCCAUCCAGCACCCAGAGUACAACAGACCAUCUUUUGCCAACGACCUCAUGCUCAUCAAGUUGGAAGAAUUGGUGCCCCAGUCUGACACCAUCCAAAACAUCGGCGUCGCCUCACAGUGCCCGACCGCUGGGGAUUCUUGCCUCGUUUCCGGCUGGGGUCGGCUAGCGAAUGGCAGACUGCCCAAAGUGCUCCAAUGCGUGAAUGUCUCAGUGGUGUCGGAGGAGAUCUGCAGUGAACUCUAUGCCCCUGUCUACCAUCCCAGCAUGUUCUGCGCUGGCGGAGGCCGGGACCAAAAGGACUCCUGCCAUGGUGACUCUGGGGGCCCCCUGGUCUGCAACGGGUCCCUGCAGGGCCUUGUGUCCUUUGGACAAUCCCCCUGUGGCCAGCCCAAUGUGCCAGGCGUCUACACCAACCUCUGCAAGUUCACAGACUGGAUACAGAAAACCAUCCAGGCCAGUUAACUCCAGGGACUGGGACCCAUGGAAUUGAACCCCCAAAUAUAAGCUGCUGAAGGAAUUCAGGAAUCUGGGUUCCCAGUGCCUUCCUCCUUCAGACCCAGGAGUCUAGACCCCCUCCCCCAUCCCCAGUCGUCCAGUCCUGCUAAGAAUAUCUUCCUGUACACAGUGCCCCCUAGUGGCACAAUGUUGACCCUGCCUUACCAUUGGUAGAGAAAGUUGGGUUUUCA